CUAUCAAAGGGUUUAAAAGUUCUUGUCAAACUUUGUUCACAAACCUCUUUCAACCCUCCGAUAGGGGUAGCUCGAUUAGCCAAUUUUUUCAUAUUUUUUUUGGUUUUGUGUUCGAUUAAAUCCGGCAAGCAGCGGUAGAGGUGUUUUGAGGACAAUGACGUCUCCAUUGACGUUCAACGUCUUAACCAAACUUUCCCUAUUCCUCGUUACCUGUCAAAGAUGUUUCCUUGGAGCUCCAUGGGCCCCUUAAUCUAAAAUAUGACCAUAGCUAUACUGUUAGCUGAGUAUAGUUGAACCGUGUAAACUGCCCUAAGAUGAGAACAGCAAUUUCUGAGACAAACUCGGUGGAAAAGUGUGCAUCCAAACUGGAGAACCAGAGCGACCAUAAAGAGUGUGUGAAAAAUGGUCUAGUGAAUGGAUUGGUGUACAAAACCAAGGCCAAAAUGAGCCUAAAUCACGGUGGUGAGGCUGUCGAACUCCAUGGAGACAUUAUAGAUCUGAAGGAGAGCAGCGCGAUUUUGCAACUACACCCCAAACCCUCACAGGACGAUGAUGUAAAUAAUGUAGAUAAAUCAAAGAGAAAAUCCAAGAAACGCAACAAAAAACACAAGCAAUCGAUAGAUGCGAACGAAAUUCUAAACGGCGAUCAGGUGGAGGAAAUUAAUCACCAAAAGAACAGUGAUUCUGCUGAAUUCUCCAAUGAGCUUAGUAGUGAUUCAAAUGUGGUGAACUGCAUGGAAACUUUACCAUCAUGUAGCACAGCACCUAUUCGAAGCAGCGACACGAUUUGCGAUUCAUUAUCGACUGGCAUCGAAGCUCUAGGGAUUCAAGAUGAAAAUUCUGUGACUGAAAAAGCCGAAGAAAACCACGAAAAAAUCGACUUUGUCCCAUACGAUUCGGAACUGCAGAUGCCCAUGAUUAUGAAGAUAAUCCAGAAAGACUUAUCAGAGCCAUACUCCAUAUAUACGUAUAGGUAUUUUAUUCAUAAUUGGCCGAAACUGUGUUUCCUGGCCAUGUGCGAGGGCCAAUGUGUAGGUGCAAUCGUGUGCAAGUUGGAUUUGCAUAGAAAAGUCGUCAGAAGGGGUUACAUUGCCAUGCUUGCAGUAGAUCAAAAGUAUAGGAAAUUGAGAAUUGGUUCCACACUUGUUCAAAUGGCCAUUCACGAGAUGACCCAUGGUGAUGCAGAUGAGGUGGUUCUCGAAACUGAAGUGACUAAUAAGCCGGCAUUAAAACUGUAUGAAAAAUUAGGAUUUGUUAGGGACAAGCGAUUGUUCCGCUACUACUUGAAUGGCGUGGAUGCGCUACGAUUGAAACUAUGGCUAAGAUAGGGGUACGUGUCAAAAAACCACCCUUUAUAUUCACUCGCUACCAGUAGUAGCACAGACUGGUUGUUUUGGUGGGGAUUUUUUCUUUUCUGUUUGCUGACAUUUUCAGUUAAAAACUGUUACCGCUACUUGCUGUUUAAUUUCGUUCUUGGUGAAUAGUGCAACUGUUUUUGACCAUCAUUAUCCCAAAAUUUGCUUGUUGAUGCGAAAACUUUUUACAGUUACAUAUCAGCGCAAAUGUUUUUGUCUUAACCAAGAUAAAUCGGAAAAGUUUUAUGGAAAUCUUAAUGCUUACAAGAAACAGUCUCCUUAAUCAGUCACUAGAUGGUUUGUCUUAGGUGUGAUAAAGUAAUUUUUUAUUGAUGGAAGUCUAGUUCAGUUUCUCCCACUUAAUGGGAAAGUAGUCAGUUGAUGAAAAUUUUUUGUUUGCUGCUUCCUUUGUACACUUCAAAUGUUUAUAUUGCGACGCAGAAAUUCAUAGUUUAUUUUUGGUUUCCUCAUACCGAAGAGGAGACUGGAUGAUUCGGUACACAAAAAUCGAUUUCACGCCUUUAACAAUAAGGCAAUAAUGGAUACAAAUCAAUUUUAACAAAUUCGAGGAAAAUCGAUCCGUUUUUUUGUAAUGGAUUUAAACAUAACGUAAUAUUAAAUAUACCUAUAUUGUAAGACUAAUUGUGUGCUUAAGUGAAAUUGAAUUUAUUACCGUUCAAAGAGGGAAGAAGCGUUUUUAAGGUGUUGCAUGGUGGCAUUGAAACGGGCGUCUUUGCUCACUUGCCCUCAAUUUUCAUUCAAACGAUUAAAAAGCUUUAUUCCUGUCGUACAAUUUACUCUCGAAGCCCUUGAAUGUGUAGAUCGAUCAUACCUCUUUGUUUAUAAUUAUGUAUAUUUCUGUAUAUAGGGAACUUUCAAUGUUUUACUUUAGUGUUGUAAUAAACUGAAAUAUACCAAAUUUACUAAUUGA